CAAUAGCUGAUCACCACCUUCUUUCUUCACGAAUCAACAUGGCCUAUAAAUUCGUCAUGCAUUUCACUCUUCUUCUCACAUUACCAGCUCUCCUUUCCCAUACAUAUACUAAAGACAUGGAACUGAAACUUGUGAUUGCAGCAAUCUUCUUGGGUGCCAUUUUAUGGACUUGGAGGGUGCUAACUUGGGUGUGGUUGAGGCCAAAAAAGGUCGAAAAUAUGUUAAGGGAGCAAGGUCUUUCUGGUAAUUCAUAUCGCCUGCUCUACGGUGACACUAAGGAGAUCAAACAUAUGGCAGAACUUGCUAAUUCAUAUCCUAUUAACAUCUGUGAUGAUAUUCUUCCUCGAGUCCUCCCUUUCCAUCAUCACAUUGUCAAGACUUAUGGAAAGAGUUCAUUUUCAUGGAUUGGUCCAGUAGCAAGGGUAAACAUUCUGGAACCAGAGCUGAUCAAAGAAAUUCUAAUGAAUAACACGGAUUUUAAGAAACCCACUCCUAAUCCUCUUGCAAAGUUUCUAGUAUCCGGCUUGUCAGGCUAUGAGGAUGAAAAAUGGAGCAAGCAUCGGAAAAUCAUUAAUCCAGCUUUCCAUGUUGACAAAUUAGAGAAUAUGUUAUCGGCAAUGUGCUUGUGCUCUAGCGACAUGAUGAAGGCAUGGGAGGUCUUAGUAGACGGAAACUCCAGUGCAGUUUGUGAGUUGAAUGUGCACCCUUAUAUUGAGGCCUUAACUAGCGACGUAAUUUCCAGAACUGCUUUCGGUAGCAGCUAUACAGAAGGUCGAAGAAUACAUCAACUUCAGAAAGAACAGGCUCAGCUCACGGUCCAAGUUCUUCAAUCUGUUUACAUUCCAGGGUGGAGCUAUUUGCCAACUAGGAGAAACAGGAGAUUAAAAGAAAUCAACUCUCAGUUGAAAUGCCUUUUUAAAGAUAUCACUGAAAAAAGGGAGAAGACCAUGAAUUUGGGAGAAGAUGAUAAGGACGGUGGCUUAUUGAGCUUGUUAAUGAAAACUAGUCGAAAAGAAAUUCAAGAAAACGGAGACAACAGUAACCUUGGUAUGAACACAUCAGAAAUAAUUGAGGAGUGCAAAACAUUUUAUUUUGCUGGUCAAGAAAGCACAUCAAAUCUUCUAACCUGGACAAUGAUUCUAUUGAGCAUUUACCCAAAUUGGCAAGUUCAUGCUAGAGAAGAGGUGUUUCAAGUAUUUGGAACCCGACAACCAGAUUAUGAGGGACUAAGCCGCCUCAAGAUAGUAACAAUGAUUCUGUACGAGGUUCUGAGAUUGUAUCCUCCUGCCACAAUAUUUACCCGAGUCAUCUACAAAGAAACAAAACUAGGACAGAUGACACUGCCUCCUGGGGUACAGUUUUUGUUGCCAGUACUAUUAGUGCAUCAUGACACUGAAAUAUGGGGAGAGGAUGCGAAAGAGUUCAAACCAGAUAGAUUUUCACAGGGAAUUAGUAAAGCAACCAAUAACCGGAUUUCGUUCUUCCCUUUCAGCUGGGGACCUAGAAUAUGUAUUGGCAGCAAUUUUGCGAUGUUGGAAGCAAAAAUUUUCAUAGCAAUGGUGCUUCAACGCUUUUCCUUUGAGCUUUCACCUUCUUACACUCAUGCUCCUUCAUUUGUGUUAACCCUUCAACCCCAACAUGGUGCUCAUUUGCUUCUGCGAAAAAUAUAAGUCAUCCAUGUACGUGCAGCAUGUUAAAUUCAAAAUAAAGAUCAAGACCUACACUAUGGUCUCGAUGUUCAGAGCUAAUAUGCAGCGUAAUGUGUGUAUAUAUAUCUCAUCAAUAUAAAUGUUUGUUGCUAA